UGGGUUUCAUCCAGAUUCAACCAUUCGAGUGAUCAUGUACAAUAAUACCAUGAUCAGUUUUAACAUGCUUGAAGCUGCAAGGAUUAACAGCGUCAAAAGGUUCUUCUAUGCCUCUAGUGAUUGCAUUUACCCUGAAUUCAAGCAGUUGGAGAAUAAUGUGAGCUUGAAGGAGUCUGAUGCUUGGCCUGCAGAGCCUCAAGAUGCUUAUGGCUUGGAGAAGCUUGCUACCAAGGAGUUAUGCAAGCAUUAUACAAAGGACUUUGGCAUCGAAUGUAGGAUUGGCCGUUUCCAUAACAUCUAUGGCCCAUUCGGAACAUGGAAAGGUGGAAGGGAGAAGGCCCCUGCUGCUUUCUGUUGAAAAGUGAUCACUUCUGCUGACGUGUUUGAAAUGUGGGGCGAUGGACUCCAAACUCGAUCCUUCACUUUCAUUGAUGAAUGUGUGGAGGGUGUUCUGAGAUUGACAAAGUCGGUCUUCCAUGAUCCAGUGAACAUCGGAAGUGAUGAAAUGGUGAGCAUGAAUGAGAUGGCUGAAAUUGUUCUCAGCUUCGAGAACAAGCAA